GGACGUCUGUGUAAGUGUGAGACCAUCAUGGUGGCAUUUAAAGGCGUCUGGACUCAGCCUUUCUGGAAAGCUGUUUCAGCAGAAUUUUUGGCCAUGCUAAUUUUUGUCCUCCUCAGCCUUGGCUCUACAAUCAACUGGGGUGGAUCUGAAAAGCCUCUGCCUGUAGACAUGGUCCUUAUCGCUCUCUGCUUUGGACUGAGCAUUGCAACCAUGGUGCAGUGCUUUGGACACAUCAGUGGUGGCCAUAUUAACCCUGCUGUGACUGUUGCUAUGGUCUGCACUAGGAAGAUCAGCCUUGCCAAGUCUGUCUUCUAUAUUGUUGCCCAAUGCCUGGGUGCCAUAGUGGGGGCAGGAAUUCUCUACCUUGUCACACCCCCAAGUUUGGUGGGAGGCUUGGGAGUUACUACGGUACACGGAGAUCUUUCCGCUGGCCAUGGACUCCUGGUGGAGUUGAUAAUUACAUUCCAGCUGGUUUUUACUAUUUUUGCCAGCUGUGAUUCAAAACGAAGCGAUGUCACUGGUUCAGUGGCUUUAGCAAUUGGAUUUUCUGUUGCAAUUGGACAUUUAUUUGCUAUCAACUACACUGGUGCCAGUAUGAACCCUGCUCGAUCAUUUGGACCUGCAGUUAUCAUGGGGAAAUGGGAAAACCACUGGGUCUAUUGGGUGGGACCAAUAAUAGGAGCAGUCCUUGCAGGUGCCCUUUAUGAGUAUGUAUAUUGCCCAGAUACUGAGUUCAAGCGACAUUUUAAAGAUGUCUUCGGGAAGGCUACCCAUCAGUCUAAAGGGAAAUACGUGGAGGUGGAUGAUAGCAGGAGUCAAAUAGAGACUGACGACUUGAUCCUGAAGCCUGGCACGGUUCAUGUGAUUGACAUUGAGAGUGAAGACAAGAAGGGGAGUGAUCCAACCAAUGAGGUGUUAUCUUCUGUAUGA